CUGCUUUUAUCUCCCUCCUUUUAUUUCUUCUCUUUCCCAUUUGCCACACAGCAUUUUCAUUUUUCACAACCCGAUUUAAAACCUACGCCGGCACAACCUCGUCGCCACAGUCGAACCUUCGAAAGUCCACACUCUUUCUUCUCCAACUCCACCCUAUCUCAGUUGCCGGGUUCAGUUUCUUCUUCUUCUGUCGGGUUACUUUUCCUUUCUUCAAUUCCCCAUUUGAAAAUACGGUGAAAUUGGGAUGUGUUUAAUCAACAAUCCUCCCAAAUCUAACCUAUUUUGGGCGGGGUUUUUGUUUUCUGUCUGAGACGAUACAGAUUUCAAAUCAGAUUCAAUUUCAUUUGUACCUCCUCACUCGUUAUCUCUUCCUCGCCCAAUCAAGCUCUCUCUCUCUCUCUCUAGGGCUUUCAACGGUUUAAGGUCAAGUGUUCUUUCAAGGACAGGAGGGCAAGUCAAAGAAGUCACAGAUUUUGGUGUUUGAGGCUGUAAAACAUGGCAGAUUUAGAAAAUUUACUUCUUGAAGCUGCUGGAAGAACUAAUGCAGGAGGGAGAAAUAGACACUCUCAUCCACCAUCGCGAAGGCAACGUGAAGGUUCAUAUUCUGAUGGUGGAAGUGACUCUAGGGAUGAUGACUCAGAUGAUGAGCGUGGUUAUGCAAGCAGGAAGCCCUCUGGAUCUCAGGUUCCUCUGAAGAAGAGGUUAGAUCCUACUGAAAGGGAUGAUGAUGGGGGGAGCCCAGAAGAAGGGGAAGACGAAGAUGUUGGUUCAGAACAUGAGGGUGACAGCAGUGAUGAAUCUGAUGUUGGGGAUGAUCUUUACAAAGAUGACGAUGAUAGGCGCAAGCUUGCUGGUAUGUCUGAACUUCAAAGGGAGAUGAUUCUGUCAGACAGAGCAUCUAAGAAGAACGAUAAGCAUUUAUAUGAAAGUUUGAGAGCUAAAAUGGAUAAAGGGAAGACUGCCCCAUCUCGGAAAGAGACUCCACCUCUCCCAUCAUCUCGUAUUAGAUCGUCGGCCAGAUCAGCUGAUAGAGCAGCUGCAAAAGAUGAUGCCUUAAAUGAAUUGCGUGCAAAAAGGUUGAAGCAGCAGGACCCAGAGGCCCAUCGCAAGCUGAGAGAUGCAUCUAGAGGAAAUUCAAAUAAUCGACGGUUCUCGCCGACAAAACGAAAGCCCUUCACUGCUCCUAGUUUGAGUAGCUCAAGCCAAAGUGAAAGUGAAAGUAGGUUUCAAAGUGAUGAUGAAGGGUCUACAGGAGAUGGUGGAAUGAUUGACAGUGAUGAUGAGAGAUCCAUGCCUGGGUCAGAUGGGCCAACAUUUGAAGAUAUCAAGGAAAUUACUAUUCGUAGAUCAAAGCUUGCAAAAUGGUUAAUGGAGCCAUUCUUUGAGGAGUUGAUAGUUGGAUGCUUUGUGAGAGUUGGAAUUGGGAGAUCAAGAUCUGGGCCUAUCUAUAGGCUCUGCUUGGUGCGCAAUGUUGAUGCUACAGAACCUGACCGUCAGUAUAAACUAGAGAACAAAAUCACGCAUAAAUAUCUUAAUGUUAUUUGGGGAAAUGAAAAUUCUGCCGCCAGGUGGCAGAUGGCCAUGGUUUCAGACUCUGCUCCACUCGAGGAUGAAUAUAAACAAUGGGUUAAGGAGGUAGAGCGAACUGGCGGUCGGAUGCUGAGCAAGCAGGAUGUAUUGGAAAAGAAGGAUGCUAUACAGAAAGUCAACAACUUUGUCUACUCAGCAGCCACAGUGAAGCAGAUGUUGCAGGAUAAAAAAUCUGCCUCAGCAAGGCCGUUAAAUAUUGCAGCUGAGAAGGACCGGUUGAGGAGAGAGAUGGACGUAGCAGUAAGCAAGAACGAUGAAGCUGAGGUGGAAAGGAUCAAAGGAAGACUGCAGCAACUAGAGGCAUCCAGGAGGUUGCAGAUGAAAGAUGCCAAAGCUAUUCGGUUAGCUGAGAUGAACAGGAAGAAUAGGGUGGAGAACUUCAAAAAUGCAUCAGAAUUAAGGCCUCUGAAAGAUUUGAAAGCUGGAGAGGCUGGUUACGAUCCCUUCUCAAGGAGAUGGACCAGGUCAAGGAAUUAUUAUGUUUCCAAUGCUGGUGAAGCCAAUGGAGCUGCUGAAGCAGCUGGAAACAGUGACACUGUAACACCUGCAUUGGAGAGUACUAGAACUGGAGCUGGUGGUACUUCAGAUGCUGGAAUGGCAGCUACCGCAGCGGCUUUGGAAGCUGCUGCUGGUGCUGGAAAGUUGGUCGAUACUAACGCUCCUGUAGAUGGAGGGACGGAGUCAAACUCGCUGCACAACUUCGAGCUGCCUAUAUCGCUGGCGAUGCUUCAGAAAUUCGGUGGUGCCCUCGGAGCGCAGGCUGGGUUCUUAGCAAGGAAACAAAGGAUAGAAGCCACGGUUGGACGUCAAGUCCCUGAGAAUGAUGGUAGGCGGCAUGCACUGACACUAACUGUUAGCGACUACAAGAGAAGACGAGGGCUUCUUUGAAAUUGAAUACUCAGAUCUUCUCUUUCGAGGAUUUGGCAUAUGAAUGUAAUUCAGCCAGGAAGGUAACUGCUAUAAACGCUUCCUUAAUUUUAGCUUUAGCAAAAUGCUGCUUGAUUCUGGGAAAGAUUGAGCUCUGGAGUCCUGUGUUUUGCCUGUUGGUACGAAUUUGCCUUUCGUGUCGAUGAAAUCAGUACAUGUUUAAAGAUUUCCGUGUGAAGAUUAUAUCCAGUUCUGUAAUGGUAAACACUCCUCUGUUACUUAUUUAGGUAAUUUAAUACACGAUUUUAAUAAUAGUUUUAUCUUAAA